UGCUGAGCCCUCAACUCGACGACAGGAGCUGCCGACUUAUUAUCCACUACGAACAGUGGCAACUUGCCCACCGCAGGGGCGUCCGUGCUGCAUAUACAUUGCCCCGCUCCACCAGUCUUGCAGAUGUCUGGCGAUCGCACUUUCAUGCUUUUACGCAAGCUCCGAUAUUACGUUUGAACAUAUUAAUAACCAUCGAAUGCACAUGGAAGGCCUGUGCGGCGACGACCCUUGGGGUCCUUGGAGAGACGGCGCUCUGACUGAAUGCUUUGUCAAAACAAUCGUGAUAGCCGCCAUCCCGACCCUUUGUAUCGUUAUUGUCGGCUCUUUCUCCUUCGCCAAGCACUUGAAGUGGAGAGAAGAGCAUGUGAACGAUAACGGCAUCCACCGCAUCGACGAAGACCAUGAUCAGUCAGGCGAUACGAGAGAUGAUUUCUCGACCUUGCAUACGCGAGCGACCCCUCACGCCCCUGAGCACGCUUGGGUUUGGGCGGCGAUUCUCAACCUGGCGAAUCUGCAGAUCGCUAUAGCUCUGAUCGAGUUUUUGGGCGUCAACACCUUGGUCUUGGCGCCGUAUGAGUACAUUAUAUUAGCCGCCGUACUGCUUCAAUGGACUUUCUUUGUUGGCAUUCUGGCCUACUUGAUCUGGGCUCCACUACCUUACGAUGACCCAGAAGCUCAUGCAGCAUUCGAUCGCUCAAAGCGCACGUCGCUGCGCUAUCUUCUAGCGUUUGUCGCUGUCGCUGCCAUCGCGAAGGUCAUCGAACUCGUGCCAUUGUACUCUCACUACGAUCCGCAGAUGGGUGAUGUGGUCCGGAUACUGCUGGUGAUCGGAUCGCUCGCCCUGGACAUCUUAAUGUUGGCCUUCGGAUUGGUUGUAUCGGGAGAAAUGCUAGGAAGCCAGAGGUUUGGAUACACUUCCGUGCCUAGUUCCGAGUCUCGACAGGAAAGGGUGAUCUGCACAGAGGAAGGCGCGCCAUUCUUUUCGAAGAUGACAUUCAUGUGGUUCAACGACCUCAUCAAGUUGGGGGCAUCCAAACACCUAUCGAAAGACGACAUUCCGGAUAUAGCGGAGGGCGAUAAAGCGGCGAAUGUGUGUGAGAGAUUUGAGAAAAUCAGGCUGCGCCACAAGGGGUUGCUGGCUUCGUUAUAUUAUCUAGUGCGCAAGGAGCUGCGGAUUCAAGCAGCCUACGGGGUCGGGUCAACACUGCUAUUCUUCGCUGGCCCAUUCUUCCUCAAUCGCAUCCUAGCACAUGUGUCGCAACCCAGAGGAACCUCGUCGGCGGCUGUUGGGUUGAGUUACGCCUUCGCGCUAUUGGUGUGCUCCCUUGUACGCUCCGCAUGUGAUGGCCAACUGUACUUCAUCGGCAGGCGCAUUGGGUUGCGCCUUCGCGCCGUCCUCAUUACGGAAAUCUACACGAAGGCGCUCAGGAGGCGCGCGAUGUUUGGAGAGGAGGAGGAGGAUCAGGGCGCGACCACGGGGCAGGUUCAAAAUCUCAUGGCUGUUGAUUGCCAGAAAAUUCUCGAAAUGUCCUGCUAUCUACAGUAUUACUGGAGUUUGCCGUCUCAAAUAAUCAUCUGCGUUGUCCUCCUAUGCCUGGUGUUGGGCUGGCCAGCCCUCACCGGAGUCGCCGUCAUGCUUUCCGUCAUGCCCAUUGGAGCAUAUUUCGGAAAGGCCGUUGCCCGAGCGCAGAAAAGUUUGAUCAGAGCGACAGACAAGAGAAUCAACGCUAUCAACGAGGCUCUGCAAGGUAUAAGAGUGCUCAAGUUUUUCAGCUGGGAGCUGCAUUAUUACAAGCAGUUGACAAAGUACCGCGACACGGAGCUAAAGAAGUUACGCCAUUAUAUUUUCGUCGCCGGUGGCCAAUCUCUCUUGUGGUCCGCCACGCCCAUCAUGGUGUCCUUCCUCACGUUCCUCACCUACACAAAAGCCGCGAAUCGGGAACUGACCGCCGAGGUAGCAUUCACUGGCCUGGCGUUGUUCAAUGCCUUACGCGGCCCUCUGCAGUAUUUCCCGGAAAUGAUCGUUCGUUUAAGCGAGGUCAGCGUCAGCAUGCAGAGGAUCAAGGAGUUUUUGGCGGAAGAGGAAUUGGAGCGCUAUGAGAAGGGCAAGGAGGUGGCUACAACGGCGCCGUUAGCUGCGGACCAGGCGAUAGGUAUCCACGGAGGAUCAUUCACCUGGGAAGCGGACGAGACUGAAACCACGAAGAAGCGAAAACGGUUCUCUCUCAAGAAUCUGGAACUUUCCUUCCCACCGGGUCAGCUCAGCUUGGUUUGCGGGACAACGGGUUCAGGGAAGACGAGUUUGAUGAUGGCGCUGUUGGGCGAAAUGCAUCGUAUUGCUGGGACCACUACGAUGCCUGAUAGCAGGACCGCAAAAGUUGAACCCAUCACACGGUUAGCACCUAGUGUCGCAUACGCCGCCCAGCAGGCGUGGCUGAUGAACGGCACGGUCCGUGACAACAUCACUUUCGGAGAGCCAUUUGACUCCGAGCGGUAUGAAAAAGUCAUAUUCGCCUGCGCACUCACUCGGGAUCUGGAGACUUUCAACGGAGGAGACAUGUGUGAGAUAGGUGAAAAGGGUAUAAACGUGUCCGGUGGCCAGAAAGCUCGCUUGUCACUCGCCAGAGCAGCAUAUUCACGGGCAGCUUACGUCCUAUUGGACGAUCCGUUGUCGGCGGUCGACGCCCCUACUGCUCGCCACCUUUUCGAGGAGUGCAUCCUGGGACUUUUACGCGAUCGGACCCGGGUGCUGGUUACGCAUGCAGUUCACCUCUGCAUCCCGCGUGCCGAUCACGUUAUCGUUAUGGGCAAGGGGGUGAUUGCCACGCAAGGCUCGCCCAAGGAAGUCAUUGGGAAAGGCCCAGGCAAAAUCGAUUUGGAGACCAUCAUAGACGAUGAGGAUGAGCUGCAAGCAGUCGCUGAGGUUAAUGAGGACGGGGACGAUUGUGGCGCGCGCGCGUCGAUUGGAGGCGAGGCCAGCGUUCACAGCACUCAGCGGAGUCAAGGAGCGGAAAAUGACUUGCGACUCGAGGUUGAGGAAAACUCCCCAAGCUCAGGAUCCCUAGGAAAAGGCGCCGGAUUACCGAAAGAUGCCACAAUUACUUCACCAGUAAUCGACAGGCCUGUAGCUCGCCUGACGGAGGACGAAGCGAAGGCCUCGGGCUCGGUGGGCAGCGAGGUGUAUAUGACGUACAUACGCGCAGCGGGCGGCUUUCUCUUUGUUCUGACGUUGGCGAUCACGUAUAGCGGUACACAACUUGCGAUUAUCGGGCAGGAUUGGUGGCUGAAACAUUGGGCGCAGGCUUACAAGGUUGUGUCCUCUCUCUUCUUUCCCAACGGGGCGCUUACCUUCCAAGCCGAAGAAAGGUUGUCGUUUACACGCCCUCAGCCCAUCAACGUCGACUGGUACUUGGAAAUCUACGCGUUGAUUGGGGUACUUAGCCUGCUUGCGCUGCUAAUUCGCAUCGUGGCCGUCGCAAUGGGUUCCCUGAAAGCAUCAAAAAGGCUGCAUAAUGCGAUGCUGACCUCUAUCUUGAGAGCACCCAUCCGGUUCUUCGACAUUACUCCUCUCGGUCGAAUCCUAAACCGCUUCUCGCGCGACACGCAAUGUAUCGAUCAAGAGGUAUCCAACUUCUCUGGAGAAUUUCUGAGAAACUCGGUUUCCGCUAUUGCCGUCGUUUUAGUCGUCGCCUCCGUGACGCCCCUUUUCGUUGGAGCUUUGAUCCCAAUUGCGUUAAUAUACCGCUCCGUCGCGCGCCUUUAUCUGAGCACCUCUCGGGAACUCAAACGCUACGACAGCGUGACUCGGUCGCCCAUUUAUUCGCAUUUCAGUGAAACAAUCACGGGGGCGCCUACCAUCCGAGCUUAUGGAGCGGAACAGCGGUUCACCGAAGAGAUCUAUGCCAGAAUCGAUCAGAACCAUCGUCCUUUCUUUUAUCUAUGGGUUUCGAACAGGUGGCUGGGGAUUCGCAUUGACUUUGUGGGAGCUGCUGUCUCCUUUUCCUCUGCGGCGGCGAUUCUCGCAACCAUGCAUUGGGGGCCGGGCAUGGAUCCUGGCGCUGCUGGACUCAGUUUGAGUUAUGCUCUAACAUUCACAGACAAUCUGCUGUGGGUUGUGCGAAUGCAUAGUUUGAUGGAGAUGACCAUGAAUAGCGUUGAAAGGAUCGGGGAAUAUCUGGAAAUUGAUGAGGAAGCCCCGGCCGUGAUUGACACAUCGAGACCACCCACCCUCUGGCCUCAAGCAGGCCGAGUGGUUUUUACGGAUGUAGUCGUCAAAUAUGCGCCCGCUCUGCCACCCGUUCUUCGCGGGCUCAGCUUCACGGGGCAGGCGGGGGAGAAAAUAGGGAUUGUUGGGCGCACCGGCGCUGGGAAAAGUACAAUCUCGCUAGCCCUCUUCAGAUUCUUGGAGGCUUCGAGCGGGCGCAUUGUCAUUGAUGGUAUCGACAUCGCGCAGAUCGGCCUACACGACUUGAGGUCCAGGUUGACCAUUAUCGCUCAAGAUCCGAUACUUUUUACGGGGACGUUGAGAAGCAACCUGGAUCCAUUCUCUCAGCACACCGAUCUCGAGCUGUGGACGGCUCUGCGGCGUUCCCAUCUUCUCGACUCGGACCACUCGCGUCACUCGCAUCACCAGCAGCACUUACCGACAGCUGUGCCAGUCUCCAUCGCGCCACACAAGUCCUCAGGGAACAACAGCGGGUCUGAAGGGGGGAGCAUGUCUACGAGCCAGCUGGUGCACGAUCGCACGGGAAGUUUGGUUACCCGCAGUUUUGGAACAACUCCUUCGACAUCGCGACGACCCUCGUUAACGCCCGCGACGUUUAUUCAACCGGCAAAUGACACCCCAUCGGGGCAUCCACAUCAUCACGCGUUACAUCGCCAGACGUCAACGGCAUCGGUGGGAAGUAACGCAGGACAGCCUCAUCUGACACUGGACACUGCAGUUGCGGAAGGGGGCGCUAAUUUCUCGCAAGGUCAACGACAGUUGCUGUGCCUCGCGCGCGCCCUACUGAGGAGUUGCAAGGUGAUCGUCCUGGACGAGGCUACAGCGAGCGUGGAUCAUGAGACGGACGCGAAGAUCCAGGAAACAAUUCGCAACGAGUUUCGCGGGGCCACGUUGCUCUGCGUCGCCCAUCGGUUGCGAACCGUUGCGGAUUAUGACAAGAUCCUCGUGCUUUCUGAAGGCAAAGCUGCAGAGUUUGAUACGCCGUCGAAUCUGAUGAAGCUGACGCCAGAGCGAAACGGCGGAAAGCCGGGGAUUUUCCGAAGUAUGUGCGAGGAGAGUGGGGAGGUGGAGUUGCUGUUGCAGAUGGCGAAUAAGGCGGAUGAGGAACGCGUCGCGAAGCGGCGGCGGUCGUAUAUGUGAACCUUUCUCACAUCUCACUUCGGACAAUGGACCCGUUCCUAUGUAGAAGAAUGUUUGUGACCUUUGUAGAAUACGUACAGUACUUUCAUUUCCAUGUUGCUAUGUGCAUGACACUGCAUAUCGCCC